CAAUGGAUGUGGAGAAGAAUGAGAGUGAUAAUGAAACGCAAGAGGAACAACAGCAUAAAUUACCAAUUCAUCAUCAUCAUCAUCAGUUUCAGCAUAGACAUGAGCAUCUCAUAAAGGAAGAUUCGUCGAAAGAAAAUCUCUCAAAAGUCUUACGCAAUAUUGCUACAAUCCGGAGACAGCAGCAAGAGACAUCAGUAAAAUCAGUACAGGGAGAAAGCUUUACAUCAUCCUCAGUGUCAUCGACACAAAAAAUGGUUACAACCAUGCAAACAAUCGAAACAUCGUCAUCGAAAAAGGAAACAACAGGUGGCACUGAAUUAUUCGAUGAUGUCGAAAAUACGAACGAAGUAAAAUCAAUGAUGGACUUGAGCGCAUGUCCAAUUGGAAGAACAAUGUUUGCACAACAAAAGCAACAGCAGCAACAAAGCAUUGCGUCAUCAUCAAUGUCAACAAUGUCGAGUACUGAGGCAGUGAAACGUACAAAAACAUUGAGCUUCUUACAUAAUGAAGAUAUAUUGAGCACCUUAGGGACACUUGCUUCCUCUACGAUGCUGCUCCCAGCUCAGAUUGAAAUGGAAAAGUCACCAACGCAAACAUCACUCUUCCGCUCAAUGUCCUUUCAAGAGCGUCGUCAAUAUCAACAGCAAGUAAGCCUCAAGCGUGUUGAAUCUGGAAAGGAAUUGAAAGCGAUUAGCGGAGUGGAUAAUUUCAAUAAUAUGCGAAAGGUCACAAUUUUGAGUCCCAAGCACUCGCUUCAUGAGCUUAAUGAGCGUAUUAAACAUCUACAGCAACAAAUGUACGGAUCGUCGGAAUCCUCACUGUAA